CACUCCCCACUUCUCACUCCUCACAGCUAUUGGAAGAGAGUGGUCUCUCCUCGAAGCUCGCGCUCCUCCAUCGUCGCAGCCAAACGGCCAUACGCUCACACUGUUGAUCUUUGCAAGUUCGUUCUGAAAUCUGCUGAAGAUGGCCAAAGCUGGCGCGUUGGAUCUGGCGUCUGGUGUCGGAGGAAAGAUUGAGAAAGCCGAAGUUCUGUCUGCUGUUGACAAGUAUGAGAAGUAUCAUGUUUCUUUUGGAGGUGAUAUUAAAGAGAGAGAGGCUAACUACACCGAUAUGGUUAAUAAAUAUUACGAUCUUGUUACCAGCUUUUAUGAAUUUGGCUGGGGGGAAUCCUUCCACUUUGCACCCAGAUGGAAUGGAGAAUCACUCCAAGAAAGCAUCAAGCGUCAUGAGCACUUUCUUGCUUUACAACUUGGCUUGAAGCCUGGACAGAAGGUUUUGGAUGUCGGAUGUGGAAUAGGGGGACCUUUGAGAGAAAUUUCUCGAUUCAGCAUGACAUCAGUUACAGGAUUGAACAACAAUGAGUACCAAAUAACCAGAGGAAAGGAACUGAAUCGCCGAGCUGGAGUGAAUAAGACCUGCAAUUUUGUCAAGGCCGACUUCAUGAAAAUGCCGUUCCCAGACAGUUCUUUUGAUGCUAUAUAUGCAAUUGAAGCUACUUGCCAUGCUCCGGACGCUUAUGGAUGUUAUAAAGAGAUCUAUAGAGUGUUGAAGCCUGGCCAAUGUUUUGCUGCGUACGAGUGGUGCAUGACUGAUGCCUUUGAUCCCAGUAACCCAGAACACCAAAAAAUAAAGGCGGAAAUUGAGCUUGGUGAUGGGCUUCCCGACAUUAGAUUGGCCUCAAAGUGCCUUGAAGCUCUAAAGCAAGCAGGGUUUGAGGUCAUCUGGGAGAAAGAUCUUGCAGUGGAUUCUCCUAUUCCUUGGUACUUGCCUUUAGAUACAAGUCACUUCUCACUGAGUAGCUUCCGUCUGACAUCAGUCGGCCGACUUUUCACUAGAAACAUGGUCAAGACACUGGAGUAUAUUGGACUAGCACCAAAGGGAAGCCUCAGGGUUCAACAGUUUCUGGAAAAGGCUGCAGAGGGACUUGUUGAGGGUGGAAGGAAAGAGAUUUUUACGCCAAUGUAUUUCUUCCUGGCACGGAAGCCUCUUUCAGACAAUUGAUGCUGCAGUGAGCCAGUGAAGAGGAAUAGUGACUCUAGCAGGUAGAGAUGUGAGUAGAAUAUCAUAAUAAUAGUCUCUGCUCCCAAUUGUUCAUGUUGUUUGCAGUCUCUUUGCAUUGUUUAGGCUUGGUUACCAGCUCGCUCUCUGUCUUUUUAUUCUUCAGCAUUCUGUGAACCUCCUGAUUUAGAUACCACCUUCAAACCCUCAGCGAUUUUACCGUUUGUGUCAAUCUCAUAUAGUUCCUUGUGUCCAUGCUAUUAAAUUCUUUGAUUAAAAUA